AUGAAAAAGAAUGAUCUACCGAUAGACUCUGUCGAAUCCAGCGAAUCCAAGUCUGAUUUGUCAGGCAGUCGUGCAGCUAUGGAACCUUUAUAUGAACAGUUGCUGCAACAAGAUUUCCCUAGUAGUGCAGCUGCCCUCGAAUUCUGUCGACAUGCAUGUGCUUUGUUUGGUUUUACUGUCAAACAAGAAACAAGCGCUAAUAGGAAUAUCUAUGUGUAUUGUUCACGUGAAGGGAUCCCUGAUUCGCAGCGAAAACCGAAAACGCUUCCCCAACGAAAACGAUCGUCGAAACGAUGCGACUGUCGAUGGCGGGUGGUGUUGGCAGAAGUGCACGGUCGUUGGGCUUUUCGGAAACUAAGUGCCAAUGCUUCCGAACACAACCAUGAAAUGAGUUCGCCGGCCGAGAUCCUCGGCAGUUGGCCUCCAGCCGUCAAUGAUCUCAUUAUCCAACUGGCGCGACAGAACAUGCAAACCCACGAGAUACGCGAAAUCGUCAAGCAGCAGUUUCCAGGCAUUACAUGGAACGAACGUCGGUUUUACAAUCGACUCACCGAGGAACGGAAACGCAUCAAACAGCGUAAUGUAGUCUUGCGUGCCCAACAGUUGCUGGUCCUUUCCGCGCGUCUUUGCUCCGUGGUCGCUGCCAACGAUGAAUGGUCGGCUUACGUUAAGCGUGAUUUAUCGUGUUUGCUUGAUAAAUUCUGCCAUUUAUCACAACUGUCGCCUGAAUCCAUUGACUCACUUACCGAUAUCGCUUCCGACCAAAUCCACAUGCAGGACCCUCUAUGGAAACCAUCGUCUCAAGACACCGACAUGACUUUCCAAAGCUCGCCAGUGGCUGCGUCCAAACAAGAAACUCAAUUGGAAAGGCUGAAUAAAAAGCGGAAAUCCAUGGCUCUCAUGGCCGAUGAAGGAUCGAAAAUCACUCACACCAUCAAUGUGCCGGCGUAUACACUGCAUAUCCCCGCUCCCCUCGUACAGCCGUCUCCUUCAGAGGUGACAUCCUCCUCUUCCUCGUCAUCCUCUUCCUGGACCGUGACACCCAUGAUGAUGACCUCAUCGGCUUCCUCGUCGCUGUUUUCUUUGGCUUCACCUACUUCGCCUUCGUCGUCAACGUCCAUGAAUAUUACCUACCAUCGACCCGAAUCCGUUCCUGAUGAUUCACGAUCUUCCUACUAUGCUGUCUCCACCGAUAUGCCGGCUGCUGUACCUUCCAUUCCGUCCCAGUCGCGUUACCCAUGUUCAAUUCCGUUCCCUUCGUCCUUCCAACCGCCAUCGAUGCCACGCAUGCCUUCGCAAACCUCCAUGCCGAUCUCUUCCUGGGAUACCAGUGCGAUGCCCACCUCCUUCUAUCGAAAUUCUCUAAUGUCUACCAUGGAUCGACCGCUGCCGGGAGGAGGACCUGAAGAACAACAUCCAACCUCCGUUAUGUAUCCAGUGAUGGACCAGCCACAGCCGUCUUACACGUCCACCAUGAUGCCCAUGCCGCCUCAAUCCACUCUAUCGAUGCCAUCCACCCCUUCCGCACCCGGCCCUUCGAGUGAUAUGUCUUGGUCAUAA